AUGCACGGUCGGGAGAAAAUCGUAAUACUUUUUAAUACUCACAAGUGUUUCUAAAAGCCCUUGUAAGCAUUACACUUUAUGAUGCCAUUUUUCGUAUCUUGUAGAAUCAAAGAACCUUCGUUUUGUGAUCGUGGGAAAAUAUUAAUCAGCGACAUUUUAUACGCUCUCCGAUAAUGACGCAAUAUCACGUUUCUGAACAUCAUCGCUAUUAUUAUUAGAUUACUGAUCGCAUCAAUAACCACCUCUUUACAUUCAUUUUCUCCAGAAGACUCUCUUCUUGCCCUCCGGCAUCCUUUUUGAGAUAACAUUUAUUCGAGUUUUUCUUAUCUCGAAGAUAAAAAACUCGUCGAUCACAUUGUUUAGUUAACAUGUACUUGCUCGAAGACGCUAAAACGUAGUGUCAAACACUUUUCUAUGUUUUUGAUGUUCGAAACUUUAUGAAAUCUAUUUUUCGUUACUGGGUCUGGGGAUUUUACGAAAAAUUCUGGAACUUCUUUUUUAAAAUGCUUGGAAAUUCCCAACCACAAGCAAAAAAGGGUCACUCCUGGAUCUUUGAGAAAAAAGAAUGGACAGGCCAGCCAGGCCACAAGACCCUAAAAAAAGUCUGGUUAGGCGAAAAAAGAGUGUCUCCCAGCCGGUCACUUAUAAAAAUUUAUUCUUUUGGAGUUGCAGCGAUUUGAAUUAAUAUUUAUUUCAGAUGCCGCUGCAUCUCAUUUCUGAUCGUGCCAAACGAGGACUUGGGUUCCCGAGUACUGGAGGACAGAACAAGCUCUAUCUGGAGAAUCCAUACGACUCCAAGACCAACAAGGAUGUAAGUUUUUUUGAAAAAGUAUUUGCAAGCCAGAAGGGGAGUUUUCAAACAAAAAAAAUCUCAUUAAACCUCAGUUUCGGUUGUUUCCAGAACAUUCUUUCAUUAAUUUUGAUAAUAAUUUAUUACCUAAAAUCUUCCAAAAAAUUUCGGUUACAGGGCUAUAUCAAACUAUCGUCGGCUGAUAACAUCCUUUGUGAAGAACUGGUCACGGAAAAAUUUAGAAGCAUCGACUGGACCAAAUUCGAGACCAAGAAUCUUUUUGUUUACCCCCGAUCAUGUGGAGAGAUCUCCACUUUACAGUCAAUGACCAAGUUCAUCAAUCAUUUCUGUAGAAGAAACCUGCCGCCGAUUCCAUGCGACGAAGUGAGUGUUAAACACCUGUUUUUGUUGUUUAUUAGGGUUGUUUUAAUCUGACGGAUUUUUCAAUCUGACUUAAAAUUGCGUCAAAUUGCCGUUACUUUCGUCAUUUUGGAUGAAUUGAAAAUACUAAUAUACGAAGCUCUCCACCGUUAAUAUUAGUUCUAACUAGUUUUCCUGCUUCUUUCAUCGUCGUUUUGACAAGAAAGUGCAAUUUUGUUCCUACGAUUUUUAGUAAAAAUCUGUAAAAACUUUCCAAAAAAAUUCAAUUUGACAAUCAAAAUGACAGAAAAAUUUGACAAGACGAAAAUCGCAAUUUAAUUAACAAAAUUUACAACCCUAUUGUAUAUGCUUAUUUUUGCCCAAGGACUUCUGAGUUUAUGUAUAAAAAAUAAUGUUACUAUUGAUGAUUACUACUUUAGCUUCUGACAAUUCCUGGAGUUACAACUUGUGCUGAUCUUUUGGGACAAAUACUCUUUGAUCCAGGAGAUUAUCUGCUCGUCCCAGCCCCGUAUUAUUAUCGAUUCGCGAAUGAUUUUGGAGAGCGUGGUUUAGUGGAAAUCGCAGUAGUCCCAGCUUUGUCUGAUGAUCAAACUCAUACGGAACUAAAGGUGGAAAGGUUCGAAAAGGCCUAUCAAGAGGCCAGCUUGAAAGUAAGUGAAAUUGAAGCCAGUUUUUGCGGUUUAUGUAGGAUCUUUUUGUAUUGUAGCAAAUUUUUUUGCAGGGCAAAGUGAGAGCGAUCACAAUUGUGAACCCUCAGAAUCCGGAAGGAUGCUAUUUCUCGCAGGACGAGCUUCGACCGGUAAUUCAAUGGGCGUUGAGGUGAGAGUUACCAACAUUUAUAUCACAUUAGCAAGGUCACCAAUUUAGUGGAUUAUUUUUGCAGCAAGAAAUUGUUUGUUAUCCUUGAUGAGAUUUAUGACCUCACGAUCUAUGAUGAGAACCCGAAGUUCCCCUUCCAAAGUGCAACCGAGUUGUUCCAAGGAGAGGAUAAGAAUUAUUUGAUUUGGAUUUGGGGGAUCAGUAAAGUAAGUUUAAUCGGAUAACGCUUUAUGGUGACUUUAGAAUUUCUCCUUGCCGGGUCUUCGGUUCGCUGUUCUCCAUUCACCCAAUCCGAGUGUUAGAGCAUGCGCCGCCAGAUUCCAGAUGCAUCAUUUACCAAAUACCACCACUCAAUUCAUCGCCAGGGAGUUUAUCAAUGAUUACGGUAGGCUGUGUUACAGUAAAAUUUCAAAUUUAUAAAAGAUCUGAUGUACUUUAUCAACUAACUGUAAAUAUUACAAUUUUAGAUUGGAUCGAGAAAGUUUUUAUCCCCGAGAAUCACAAACGCCUCAGGCACGCUCGUGAUAUUCUCUGUGGACAUCUCGAUUCCAUCAACGUCCCUUAUAUAAAACCUCGGUCGGGAUUCUUUGUUUUGGUAGACUUUAGCAAGGUAAGAGUGUUUUAUUGUGAGGUACGAAGAUGUAUUCUGUUGUAGUACCUUCCCGAACAAACCUUUGAAGCCGAAAGAAGGCUAAAUGAUCAGUUCUUUGCGAACCGGGUGAUGAUCACAGCAGGAGAAACGAUGUAUGCCCCCAAACCUGGAUGGUUCCGUAUUGUUUUUUCGUCGGUAGACAACUACACUUUAAAUGAGGGUAAGGAAAAGGGAUAUAUUUUACGUUAAAAUAUACUUUGCGGAUGAUCUUGUUGGGUAGUGUAGUAUUAAAGUGGAAGGCUGAAUAAUUUUGGUUUGUGUUUCAGCUUUCAACCGGAUUUCGAAGACUUUAAUGGCCUCGAAAGGAAAUGGGAUAAAUGGGAAUGCUUGA